UUCGACGCGACUAAUUCCAAAUUAAACCCUGCUGGAAUCUGAUCGAAGAAAAGAUUCAAUCAUUUUCCGGAGAUUUUGUUUUAUCUUGCAUAUUAAGAAAGAAUUGAAAGUUCUGGAAAAUUAAGAAUUUGAAUUCCGCGAAUUUGAAAAAAAAAAAAUCGAAGGGAGAAAAGAAGCUAGAAAAUGAAGCCGAUGGAGACGAUACAGGAUCUGAUUGAAGAAGCUAAAGUACAGACGGUUUGGUGGGCGCUGGCUACCUUUACCGUAACUUACUUCUUGACUCAUACGAGUACUUCAAUGUGGAUGAAUUUACCCAUAGCAAUUCUUUUUGCCGCUGGACUGCGAUUUAUGGUUAAUGAGGUUGAGUUCAAAUGGAAAGUUAAAUCAGUUCGUCAUCCGACUUACUUGUCUCAUUUGGAGAAGAAACAGUUGUCCGUGAAUGAUUCCCGUCUUUCCAGCUCACCAUUCCCGCUCAAGUGGAAGAGGAAAAUCGGUUCUCCUAUGGUGGAGGCUGCUUUAAAUGAGAUUAUUGAUAAAAUACUUAGGGAUUUUGUUCUUGAUUUAUGGUAUUCGGAGAUUACUCCAGAUAGGGAGGCCCCUGAGUUGAUGCGCGAUGUGAUUUUGGACGCGCUCGGUGAAAUAUCUGGAAGGGCGAAAGAGAUAAACCUUGUUGAUUUGCUGACAAGGGAUAUAGUUGAUUUGAUAGGGGAUCACUUGGAUCUUUUUAGAAGAAACCAAGCUGCAAUAGGUGUUGAUGUUAUGGUAACAUUGUCAUCUGAAGAAAGGGAUGAAAGAUUGAAACACCAUCUUAUGGAUUCUGAAGUGCUUCACCCUGCAUUAAUUUCACCAGAGAGUGAGUACAAGGUUAUUCAACGACUUAUUGGUGGAGUUUUAGCUGUACUAUUAAGACCACGAGAAGCUCAAUGUCCUUUGGUUCGCACUAUUGCUCGUGAGAUUGUUACUUGCUUGGUUAUGCAACCUCUUUUGAAUUUGGCAAGCCCCAGGUAUAUCAAUGAAGUAAUUGAAUUUGUUCUACUUGCCAUUAAAGAUGAUAUGAUCAAGGUGAUGAAAGGUUUUGAUGAUUCUACAGUUGAAGUACGUUCUGAUGACUCUACCUCAUACAAAGUUGAAUCCUUAGAUAGUCAGGGAACUGAUUUGACGUUGGCUAGAAUUGAUGAUCAGAAAGAAAUGUAUUCAGAUUGUAACAGAUAUGAGGGAGAAUCGAUGCAGCCUCGACCAGCUGGUUGGGCUCGAAAAUUAGAGGCAGCAACACAGAGAAGAACUGAAGUUCUUGCCCCUGAAAAUCUUGAAAACAUGUGGUCAAAAGGAAGAAACUACAAAAAGAAGGAGAACAAAUAUAUAAAAGCAAGAUUUCAGGAAUCUCUUCCUAAGGGUGCUUGGUUGACGGGGAAUAUGGGAAGUGAGAUCUCUACCAACAAGGUUGGAACUUCUACUGGAAGUGAAGAGAGAACUGUGAUGCAGCUAAUGCCUGGUUUAAAUCUUGAUGCUCAUUUAUGUGAUGGUAACACAGCAGGCACAAAGUUGGCUUCAGAAUUUAAAACCUCACCGUUAUUAGGUGGAGACCAUCAUGUUAACAAUUUUAAUGAUGCUAGUGAGCAAUCCCCUGACGGAAAUAAAAGUCGGCUUAAGAGAUGCAGUAGUUCCUCCGGUUUUAUUGUUGAACCUGAUACAAAGAAGGCAUUUACAGGAGAUAUUCGCAAGCCAAUUAUUUCUGAGUUCUACAGCCCUGAUUUUGGAAGGCAUAGUGAAGGAUCUAGGGGUAGGAUUACCUCAAAUGCAGUACUUCGCAAUGAGGAGCCUUAUAUACCCAAGCUUAGGUGUCGGGUUAUUGGAGCAUAUGUUGAGAAACUUGGAUCAAAAUCUUUUGCAGUUUAUUCAAUUGCUGUGACAGAUGCAGAAAACAGAACUUGGUUUGUUAAGAGAAGAUACAGAAACUUUGAACGGUUGCAUCGACAUCUUAAAGAAAUUCCUAAUUAUACAUUACACUUGCCUCCCAAAAGGAUAUUUUCAUCAAGCACGGAGGACAAUUUUGUUCACCAACGGUGCAUUCAGCUUGACAAGUAUCUGGAAGAUCUGUUGUCUAUAGCUAAUGUGGCUGAACAACAUGAAGUGUGGGACUUUUUAAGUGUUUCCUCAAAGAACUACUCUUUUGGAAAAUCUUCAUCAGUAAUGAGAACCCUUGCAGUCAAUGUGGAUGAUGCUACGGAUGAUAUUGUACGUCAAUUUAGAGGAGUAUCAGACGGCAGAAUGAGCAAAGUUGUCGGUUCAUCUUCUCUCCUUAGUGAAGCCUCUUCCUCGGUCACUGGCAGGACCUUGUCUUGGACCAAAGAUGAGAUUGCUAAAGAUAUUUCAAGGCAGAGUAACUUGGAUACGGAAAAUAGUGCUUCUGAUAAUGAAGAAGGUGAUAUCAAAGACGCUAGCCAUAGUCGCGAGGAUGAUAGAUCUGGUUCCCAGAUUGGUAAUUUAGUCUCCGAGAAACAUAAUUUAGGUGUUAAACCUGAAUUGUCUGGCCAGGUUGGUUCUUCAAUGAAACUUUUAGGAACCUCAAGCCAUAUGGAGGAUCCAGUUGGAGUGCCCCCUGAGUGGACCCCUCCUAAGGUGAGUGUACCUUUGCUGAAUCUAGUUGAUAAGGUGUUUCAGCUUAAGAGAAGAGGCUGGCUAAGAAGACAGGUCUUUUGGAUAUCGAGGCAAAUUUUACACCUGGUGAUGGAGGAUGCCAUCGAUGACUGGCUUUUGAGGCAGAUUUAUUGGCUUCAGAGGGAGGAUACUAUUUCCCAAGGGAUUCGAUGGAUUCAAGAUGUUCUGUGGCCAGGUGGUACAUUCUUUACAAAAACAGUGGACAUUCAUUUGGAUACUACUCAGCCACACAAGACACCUUUGCAAAGCAUCAGCCAAUUUGGUGGGAGUAAUGUCAAUAAACCUUGGUCCUUUGAAGAACAACUUGAGGCUUCUCGUAGAGCCAACAACAUAAAAAAUAUGCUUUUUGAUGGAGCUCCAACAGCCUUAGUUAGCUUGAUUGGGCAAAAGCAAUACAGACGGUGUGCAAGAGACAUUUAUUUUUUCACUCAGUCAACUAUAUGCACCAAGCAACUUGCUUAUGCGAUAUUAGAACUUGCAAUCAUAUCAAUUUUCCCCGAGCUGCGGGAUCUUGUGAUGGAUCUUCACAGCAAGAAACAUAUUAAAGUUGCAUAGAAAGUUGCAGUUUCUAGUUUUACCGAUGAAGUUUGUUAACGUCUCAAUUAUAUCCAUGAAAGUUUAGAAGAUGAAGAAUGAAUACAGUCGACUAGCAUGGUUGCCUUUGCCUGUGAUAUUCAAUACAACACCAAAUUACUAGUAAGCAGUAGUAUAUGGAAUAUAUAUAUUAGGAAAUUAGGGUUUUCUUUUAUUAUCUCACAUCUGAAUGUAGAGGACUGUAGGUUUAGUUUGUACAGAAUAUUUUGUGCUUGUGGCUUAGUCAGUCGGCAGCCAAGUAUGUUGCUGUUGGAAUUUUGGGUUGAUCUGUAUUUGGGACAUUUAAGAAAACACAGUCGAUGAUAUUCGUUAUUCUUUCUUUAA